AUGCGUGUAAAACGACGGCCCUUUAAGGUUCUCUUUAUUUUUGGAAAUAGGAAAAAGUCACACGGAGCCAUGUCUGGCGAAUAUGGAGGCUGGGGUAUCGUUACAGUAUUGUUUUUGGCCAAAAAUUCACGAACAAGCAAUGAAGUGUGAGCAGGUGCAUUAUCGUGAUGCAAAAGCCAUGAAUUGUUUUUCCACAAAUCCGGGCGUUUUUUCGGAUUGCUUAACGCAAACGGCGUUGAACUUGUAGGUAGCACUCCUUAUGGACCGUUUGACCUCGUGGCAAGAAUUCAUGAUGCACUAUGCCAUUAAAAUCGAAGAACAAAGUAUGCAGACCGCUCCCAAUUUCUGGCUAAAUAUAUUUAUCCUCGUCAUUAUUCUGUGUAUUUGCAAGGGAAUUCUAUAUUAUUUACUCAGACAACGAGUCCAACGAAACAAAACUUUCCGGAUACUUCAUCUAGCCAAAACACUAUGUACGCGUUACACAUGUGGUUUUGCACAAAAUGUUUUUAGAACAAGAAGAAAUGUUUCUGGAAAUGAAGAGGAGCACACAACCGUUGGCCUGCACGUUUUUUCCUGAUUUAAAUCUUCUAGACUUUCUUGUGGGGAAUACUGAAAAAUAUUGUUCAUAACGAUAUACCGAUUACGAAUGCAUUUUGAGUGCAUGUGCGAAUAUAAAUUCCGAAAUGAUAGAAGGAACACGAGUAUCAUUUAUUCAAAAAUGCAUUGAAAUCAGAGGACAUCAUUUUAAACACUUCGUUAAAUAAAUUCUUGCGCUGAAAAGGAUAAAAGUUUGACUUUUUUGUUUCCAACAAACAUACGUAAUUUAUAAUUUUCAAGAUAAUUUAGCCUUUUAGGUACAGCUGAAUUCUGCGUGUGGCUAUUUCCCUGGACGGCAGAGUCUGACGUGAACGAUGUAUAAACAAUACAACACUGCAAAGUGUGACGGGCAAUGCCGUUCUGUGCACGAGUACAUUCAAAUGAAGUAUUUGAUGAUUAAAUCAUA